AAAACACAUGCACAUAACUUCCUCAUCUGAUCAGCCAGCUUUGACUUCUGCUUUGUUCUGAGGGGAACAUGAUGUACAACACAACAGUGGCAGUCAAUACCAGCUAUACAGAGAUGCCUACAACUAUAUCAUCCCCCCAACUCAACGCACCCUACAAGAUUACUUUGAUCAUCAUAUAUAGUAUUGUGCUUCUGGUGGGCAUCAUGGGCUUAACCCUCAUGAUGAGCUUAUUAAAAACCAACAUUCGCUCAUUAACCACCAUCGCCUUUCUCAACCUGAUGGUGGCGCACUUUCUAUUUCUGCUCACCGUGCCGUUCAGAAUCUACUAUUACGUAUCCGAAACUUGGGGGCUACACCAUGGCAUCUGUAAAGUAGUCAGUGCCAUGAUCCACAUCCACAUGUACAUGGUGUUUACAAUCUAUGCCAUCAUUCUUACCUUCCGUUUCUUGCAUUAUUACAAGAAGACUCAGCGGACGGAGUUCUAUCGGCGGCUGCAUGCGGUGUGCGCGAGCGCCGUCAUGUGGUCUGUGCUGUUACUCAUCAUGCUGCCGACCGUGCUGUCUCAAUACGGCAGCAAGAAUGAAGACAAUGCCCAGUGCUUCAAAUUUGAGAAAGAGUUAGAGAACAAAAGUAUCUAUGCUCUGAACAUGAUUGUGUCUAUUACUAUUGUUCUUGUGUCAUUCGUUCAGACCUGCAUUCAGAUGAUCAUUCUGCACGCAAUGAUACAGAAGUACGGACCCGCCAGUCGCUCCCAGCAGGAAUUUUUGGUCCAAUUGAAGAACCUCUGCUUUGUACUUAUCAUGCUCACCUGCCUGGUGCCAUAUCAACUGUUUCGGCUGCACUACCUGAAACACGUUAAGGACCUUAAUAAGAUAAACGAGGUGUUCCUGGCCAUCACAGCGCUCACCUGUUUCGACAUGCUGACAUUCACUGGGAGAGGGGUGUGGCGGGUGUGCUGUUGAACCUAAAGCUGAGGAACAGUAGUCAGCCCGCGUUAUUUGCACAUCACUGAUGACCAGUCCAGGCCUGCAGAGAUGAAACUGCUAAACUCUUGGAAAAAGGUGUCCGAAGUCAUAGUAUAAGCGAAUGAGAGUAACAGACCAAGUGGCAAACAAACUUUUAAUAAAUUAAAUUAAAAUUACAAUAUGAACCAUAGUUUUCUCAAAUAUACACACUUGUCUUACUUUAGGCAUGCUAAAGUGUUUGUUUCUACAGUAGUCUAAACAUGUGGUGCACAGUAAAACAUUUCAAACAACUACAAUUUAAAGGAAUAUUCUGGGUUCAAUACAAGUUAAGCUUAAUUGAAAGCAUUUGUGACAUAGUAUUGAGUACAACAAAAAAUCAUUAUGACUCAUCCUUCCUUUAUUUAACCUGGAAAGAAUCUCUUUUACAGAAGUGUCCUGGCCACCACAGGCAGCCGCUGAUGUUUACAGUCUUAAAUAACAUAUAACGCUAAAAAAAAAAAAAAGUAUUCUCGAAGUUAAAAGAGAAAAAAUAUUUAAAAACAUUUGCAAAUUGUGGGGGCCUGGGUAGAUCAGCGUGUAUCGAUGGUGACUACCACCCCUGAAGUCACAAGUUUGAAUCCAGGGUGUGCUGAGUGACUCCAGCCAAGUCUCCUAUAAGCAACCAAAUUGGCCCGGUUGCUAGAGAGGGUAUUCACAUGGGGUAACCACCUUGUGUUUGCUAUAAUGUUCUCACUCUCGAUGGGGUGCGUGGCGAGUUGUGCAUGGAUGUUGUGGAGAAUAGCAUGGGCCUCCACACAUGCUACGUCUCCGCGGUAACGCGCUCAACACGCCACCUGAUAAAAUGCGUGGAUUGACGGUCUCAGAUGUGGAGGCAACUGAGAUUCACCCUCUGCCACCCGGAUUGAGGCGAGUCACUACGCCGCCACAAGGACUUAGAGCACACUGGGAACUGGGCAUUCCAAAUUGGGGAGAAAUUAAACAAAUUUGCUUAAUCAAUUCUCGAAUAAAAUAUUUAAAAGUACAUAUUGACACCAGUCUUUAAAUAAUUUUGUAGAAUGUCCCAAUCACAGGGGGCAGCAUACCGAAAAGCUUGUUUCCCUAAUUCUGUUCGAACAAAUGGAACUGAAAGGCUAUCAAAUGAAAAACAAGAUUUAUUUCUGAAAAAAAAGCCUAGCUUUACCUUGAGUUUUGUCCCUAACUGAUUUACUACAUUAGACUUAAAAGAUAAUGAUUCAUCAAACAUGGCUUUAGUUUUAUCAGCAUUUAAAACAAGUUUUAAGCUAUAAAGCAUUUGUUGCACAACAUCAAAUGCAGACUGUAGUUGACACACAGCUUGAUGUGUAGUGGGAGCACAACAAUAAAUAACAGAGUCGUCAGCAUAGAAAUGAAAAAUACAAUUAAUCAAAAUCAAGGCAAUUAAUAUAAAUAGUAAAAAGUAGUGGCCCCAGAACAGACCCCUGAGGAACAUCCUUGGUGAUCUGCAAAGGUACAGAUCAGUGACCUUCCGUUCGCACCCAUUGUGUUCUGUCAUUUCAAUAGUUCACAAAUCCAGAUACAGUAUUAUUGUAUAGUCCUAUAUUUUUAAGUCUAAGUUUCAAUAUUUAAUCAUCGACAGUAUCAAAGGCUUUAGAUAAAUCGAUACAAAGGGAUGCACACUGAUCCUUCAUCAAGGGCCUUGAUGAUGUCGUUCACAACCUUUAUAGUAGCUGUAGUGGUACUGUGUUUUUUUCCUAAAGCCUGAAUGGUUACCAGAUAAAAUAUUAUUUCCAGAUAAAUACAAAGACAAUUGUUCACUGAUAAAAGUUUCUAAAACCUUUGAAAGAAUUCAGAGUUUGGAAAUGGGUCUAUAGUUAUCCAAUUUAGUAGGAUCCCCACCUUUUAACAAAGGAAUAACACAUUUCCACAUCUUUUAAUUUGAGUAUAAGGAAAGAUUAAAGAUAUACGUUAAUGGAGGACAAAUAACGUCUGCUGCUAACAUUAAAAAUAAAGGUUCUAAUUGAUCUGGACCAGCUGACUUAUUUGUAUCUAGUAAUUUGAGAGCUGAUUGAACCUCAUAGAUGGUAAACUGCCGAAAACUAAAAUUAAGUUUCAUUAGACGUCUCUCUCCAUAAUCAAUACCUGAUUUCAUAUCAGUGAUUUUAAGUGCCUGAAAUAAAGAUCCAGUAUCAACAAAGUGCUUAUUAAAAACAAUUAAGCAUUUGAACCUUCCUCAUAAUACAUGGAGGAAGCACUGUAGUCUUUUUAGUGCCACAUAAAGAAUCAAUAUGUUUUCCAAAAUUUCACUGGUUUAUUUAAAUUCAGUGUAGUUUCAGAGAGGAUAUAUUCAGCUUUAACUCUUCUAAACGCUACUGUACAUUUAUUUAAUAAUUGGCUUAAAUAGAGCCAAUCUGGCCCAUGCAACAUCAUGCUCGUAAAGCAAAUUAGAUAAUGUGGAUGAGAAUCAGGGUUUAUCCCGAACUUUAACUCUAUAUUUUUUAAAUGAAGCAUGCUUAUUGAUAAUGGUAGUAGCCUAAACCAUCAUAAAAAUAUGUCCAGGCACACUCAACAUCUGGUAUCAGAAAUGCCUUCUCUCAAUCAAACCGAGCAAGAUUGUGAAAAAAGUCUUGUUCACUAAAUUGAGACAUGCAUCGUCUAAAGAUAAUACAAGGUUUUAUUUUAGGUUUUAUGACCGGGAUUGGUGAUAUGUUCCCAGAUAUCAAUAACAAAAGUAUUAUCAUGCUUCUUUGUGCAGUUGAUUUAACAGGUGAAUCCUUAUUCAACAGGCAUUGUACGGUGAAAAGGACAAUUUUUGAUGGUAUAAUUGUCAGCCUUGAUUAAUACAUACUAAAACAUAAAAUCUACAAAGACCAUAGUCGCUGUGUGAACUGAUUAUUUUGUAGAAAAAUUUGCGUGAGGGAAUUAAAAUAAAUCAGUAAAGAAGUCAGAGUUGUGUUAAUAUAUUUAAGAUUUUGUUUAAAAAAAAUUUUUUAAAUAAAGAAUUAUGAGAAGUGUCCUUUUUUCCACUUUUUUCAACGCACGUUCCUGCUCAGAAGAGAAAACAUGAGCAUACAUCCCAUUUUGAUGAUGGUUGUAUAGUAUUACAGGGUUCGUACAUAUGCUUCAUAGUUAAAUUCAAGGACUUUCAAGCACAUUUUUAUUUGUUUUCAAGGACUAUACUCUAUAUGUCAUUAAAAAAUUGUAUUUGAUAGUUUUAAAUAAAAUAUUUUAUUCAUUCAGUUAAAUUUUUUUAUACCACUUAUUACAAGUACAACAUAUCUCAAUGUUCAUCUUUAACAUUUUGUUCGGUAGCAAUUCUUGGUUAAUUCUUGAUGAAAUUGAUGUGCAAUGGUAGUGUGGUGUGCUCCCUUAAAACGCACUUGAACAACAAAAGUGAAUAACUGGGUCUGUAAAUAGUAGUCCAUAAGACUCAUGUGCUGUGUUUUCAUGUUUUCUAAAGUCACACAACAGAUUUAUGUGAGGAACUGACCCAAAUGGCAAAUGGGUCAUUCUCAAAAAUAAAUAAAUAAAUAAAAAGUUAAAUAAAAGUUGA